CAUCACUUUUCAUCAAUUAAAAAAAAGUUGGACUGUGCAUGUCUCAGAAAAAUGGCGAUUGAUAAAUUUUUGUUCAUUAUUUGAAAGCACAGUCCUAGGAUAUACAAUAAAAUCGUUUAUUAUCUGGUUGUAAAGCUGUGAACAAAACCAGGGAAUGGCUGACGCUGUGGUGGAGCGGAGACCUCCCGCUCGCUUCUUUUGCCACAGGUGUAACAUAGAAUUUGAGGAUGUUUUGCAGGAUUACAGAUGUCCAUAUUGUGCGAGUGGGUUCAUUGAACAGCUUGAGAGUGAGGCGGACGGCUCGGCACUCUCCGGAGAUGACUUCAGUGAUGCAGACAUGAGCAAUUUAGAUGAUUCAGAUGAUACACAUCAAAGCGCCAGCCACCCGAUGCUGAGUGACUUGGCGUUUCUUAUGUCAGGAGGGCGACACCGCGGCGGCGGGCGGCCGGAGACCCUGCUGGAGCAGCUGGUGUACUCCAUCAGCGGCAGCGGCCCGCUGGGCGGCGCCGCCGUCACCGCCGGCGCGCCGUUCGUGCUCGUCGGUGCGCCCGGCGACUACGUCUUCGGCGGCGAGGGUUUAGACGCGGUGGUGACACAGUUAUUAGGACAGCUUGAGAACGCGGGGCCUCCGCCGCUGCCCCGGGAACAAAUCGCCGCCAUACCCAGUGAGGCCGUCACAGAAGAACAGGCCGCGGCCAACACAUCAUGCUCAGUGUGUUGGGAGAACUUCCAGUUGGGCGAGAUGGUGUCUAAGUUGCAGUGCGAGCACAUAUUCCACUCGACGUGCAUAGAGCCGUGGCUGCAGCUGCACGCCACGUGCCCCAUCUGCCGGCGCUCGCUGCUCACGGAGGAGCCUCAAGCCGAGGUCCCCGCCGACCAGGAGCCCCCCGCGCCGCCGCCCCGCCCCAGCUCCACGAUGGGCAGCAUGCCGACGGUGCGGCUGCGGCGGCUGGCGCGGCGCCGGGCGCCGGGCGCGGCGUGGGACGCGGCCGCGGACUCGUCGUCGUCCUCCGACGCGUCCGUGACGGCCGGCGGGCUGUGGGCCGGCCCGCAGGGGGGCUCCACGUCCACGUCGUCGCUCAACUCCGCCGCCACCGACACGUCGCGCGACAACAUGUACAACAUGGACAUUGACUUCGACUAGGGGCGCCGCCGCGGCCGCCAGCCCGGCGCCGCGCCGGCGUGCGUGCGGACUGUGUGAGCCCGCCGGCCGGCUGCGGAUACCUGUGCGCGUGUGAUGCUACCCUGGUACGUUCGGGAGACGGACCCAACUAAAUAUUCGCUUUAUUUUGAGAGUGGAGAGUUCUGAUAACCGGUCGGAGGUGAAAACGAAUCAGAAAAAGUGAUUAAAGUUGUAAUAGUAAUAAUCGUUGAAAUAAUAUUAAAACUAGAAACUCAUUUUACGGAACUAGAUGCACUAAAAUCUCACUACAAAAUAAAUACCUCAAAGAAUUAGCUUGGCGAGCCCCCUAACAAAACAAAAAAUUCACAAAAGAAACUUACGCUUUAUAAUCGCAACGAAAUACUGAACUCAGCCCAAUAUGUACCAGCAAACUGCAACAUACAAUCAGAAUCUUAUCCACAUCCAGAGGUGCCCUCUGUAUGAAAGUACGUUACGACUAGAAAUGCUCACACAAAGCCCAGAAUUAAAUAAAAUAAAACUACUACACUUUAAAUAAAUAUUAUUACUAGUAUCUCUGUGAGUUUGUAAUAGACCUCGCGAACCCCCAUGGCUCCGCCUCUUGAAAAACUUCCAAAAACUGAAUCCACAAAAAAAACAUUAUAAUUAUCGAACCUGCUAACCAAAUUUCGCGAGAAUAGAUUGAAAAAUACGACUUGUAGACGAGAACAUCCGGACAUACGAAAGAAUUUUUACCCAAGCUAAAACGGAAACCUUUGCAUUUGGUCCAUAUAACCACUUUAACUAGAAAAAUUUAUAAAGAUAACAUAAGCUGCAUAUCUAAUCGUCACAUUCUAUUUAUAUGCAGAUGUAUAUAUACGCUCGCCUUAAGAACUCUCUGCUCUUUUAUUUUUUCAUGCUUUCCUUUCUUGUUCAAGAUUGAAAAUCAUGUGAAAUGUUCAAGGAGGUAAAGGCUAAAAAGAAUAGUAAAGUACAAAUGUCGCGCAGGCCUACGUCGCCCGCUCCGUCGACCUCCGCUGUUGGUACUUUAGGGUUAAAUUAAACAAGAUUCAUAGUAAUUAAAGUUAUUUAAAUGAACGAAUGCGGAACUAUGAGUAUCUAUGGUUGUCUGAAUUAAUACCGUUGUGCGAUCGAAAAAAUAUAAAGAGGUAAUAUUAUUAACACGUAAUUAUUAUUUAAAUACCUAGUAUAGUCGUUCGUUUUCAAGCUGGUCCUUACGGCUAACUCUUUGUCUAUUGUAAGUAAAACCGCACGUGCUACUACCUGCAAAAAUACGUUCGGUCAUUGUCGUAUAAUUCUAAUUGGCAUCUGAGCGCCGGCUAGUCCAACGCUAAAAAAACGCACCUUUGUUACGCAUCUCGAUGACACUCGGUAACCGUAGAGGCCACACACAGCCUCGCAAGAUAUUUUUCCAUUAGUUCAUUUUGAAUCUUAUUGCAAUUUCCAUAGGAGUUGUAAUUCAAUAACCGGUUAAAGUGACCCAACCUUUUUUAUGCAGGUAAGUAGCACGUGCAGUUUUACUUACAAUAGACAAUGAGUUAGCCGUAAGGGCCAGCUCGAAAACUAAUGACUAUAACGGAGUGGACUUUGAAAAAGUUCCGUUUCCUAUAUAACGAGCUGCAGAACUGCAAAAUUGUCUUUGUGUAUAGACUUUCAGCUGUAACAAAUUGUUUAAUGCGUUAUUUUCGUGUAAAUUUUGUAAAUAAAUGUAAUUGUAAGCCUUUGUUGCGUAUAAUAAAUUUAUGGGUAUACUUGCAUUGCCUAGUGUGCCAGACACUUAUGGCGUUAUUCAUAAACGCGCUACAAGCCCCAAUAAGCUAUUGAUCAUUUGUCACAUUCUGUCAUUUUGACUUGUGUAUUUGUUAGAAAGGGAUAAAAUAUAAUUUAACUAAUUGAGGCUUGUAUACUUUUAUGAAUAAUGGGGUUAUGUCGAUUGCAUAAGCCGUGAGUCCUCCCCAAUGUCUUUGUUGGAAGCUAAAAUAUAUUUGAAGCACUCUGUGUUUUGGAUUUGUACUCACGGACAGUUAAAAAUGUCAAUGGCGCUGUGAACUGCGUGAAUAGCGUUAUUUUCAACCUAUAUCAUUAGUUAUAUUAUUUUUGUAUUAACAACUUUUACUCUGAUUGAGGUACUUUUUAGUAGUUUCAGGGAAAUGAUACUUUUUGCCUGGAUAUUAACUAAUCUUAGGGUGCGUUCAGAUCUGGCGAAGGUUUAAUCUUCUAACUGCUAUAGUUCGUUUUUUUAGCAUUAGAAAUAAGGUAAACAAUCUUGAUGUGUAUUUUAAUUGAAAAGCACAUUUUAAAAAUAAGUUACGGUAAAUAUGUAACAAUUAUGAAUCUAAUACAAUCAUUUAUGUUGUUCUGCUUUCAUAAGUAAUAGUUGUUACUGAUUUAUUAAAAGCGUUUUUCAAUUAAAAGACAUGUCAAGAUCGCUUACCUUCUUUCAAGUUCUUUCUAAUGCUAAAAAAAACGAACUAUACAGUCUGACAAGGAAGUGGAACAUUCGAUUUCUUGUGAAAUAUAUGUCAAAACGAAUAAAUCGUUGAGAGACAACCAAAAUUCACUAAUUGCAAAAAAAACAACCUUGUUAUGUUUCUAUUACGGCUCACUAUGGUUCUGAACUUGGGGGAGCAAUUAGUAAGUUUUGGUUGUCACUAAACUUGACGAAAAUGGUUGCAUAAUUGUCACAUAAUAUAUUUAUUUAGGUAUAGUAACUAGAUCUGGAUCAAUCUUAGGAUUUACUGGGUUUCCUUGAAACGAAUGAGAAGUCGUCCCAUUGAACGAAAUAUACGCGAAGAAUUAACAGACUUCCUUUAACCCUUUUCCAGGCAUACUACGAAUUAUCGACCACAUACGCGCCAAUAGAAUUUCAACUUUAGCAUUCCGAUUUAAGGUUCAAAUUAGAUUGACUUUCUGGAAAUGUGUCUUGCCUUCAAAUGAAUCAUCAAAGUGGAUUAACUGGAAUACAUUUGGAUUUUUCGCGAAAACCUUGUAGGUUGGUGCGGCUUGGAAAAGGGGUAAAGAAGCGCGUUGGAAAACGCAAAGUUCUUUGCAAAGUUAUUCGCGUGUUUGUUACUGAAAAUACCGAAAUCGAAAGAGUUGUAACGAUUGUGAGAGACUGGUGUGUAUGUGCUGCUGCACCAAGUUUGAGGCAAUGUGAAAUAAAACUUACUUCGGUCACCCA